CCAAAUCAUGUCGCCAACAAAUAUUUUGGCAAUUUUGGUCUUCUAUUGCUGUAUCAUCUCCUUUGUCUUCGCUUCUGACCCUGACACACUUCAAGAUCUUUGUGUAGCACUUCCCUCUUCAGGUGUGAAAGUGAAUGGGUUUGCAUGCAAGGCGGAGGCCAAUGUCACAGAAUCAGAUUUUUUCUUUAAUGGUCUAGCAAAGCCUGCAGUGAUCAACAACACAUUGGGAUCUGUGGUUACUGCAGCCAAUGUGGAAAAAAUUCCGGGGCUUAACACAUUAGGGGUGUCUUUCUCAAGGAUAGACUACAAAGUUGGAGGACUUAACCCACCUCACACACACCCUCGUGCCACUGAGAUUGUGUUUGUGUUGGAUGGUCAAUUAGAUGUGGGAUUUAUCACAACAGCUAACAAACUCAUCUCAAAGUCCAUUAAGAAAGGUGAAAUCUUUGUGUUCCCAAAAGGUUUGGUGCACUAUCAGAAGAACAAUGGGGAUAAACCUGCUUCAGUGCUUUCUGCCUUUAAUAGUCAACUCCCUGGCACUUUGUCUAUAGCUGCAGCUUUGUUUACCUCAACACCAACUGUGCCUGAUAAUGUGCUUGCCCAGACAUUCCAGAUUGAUACUAAAGAGGUUGACAAUAUUAAGACCAAACUUGCUCCAAAGAAGAGUUAA